GGCGCGGCGGAGGGAGCCCGGCGGGGCCGGGGGCCGGGGCUGCCGCCCGCGGAGCGGUGGCGGGGCGGUGGGGCAGCGCCCGGCCCCGGGAAGGGAGCGCUGGUGCCACGGGCCCUCCCCGGCCCCUCGGCCACUUCCCACUAUCAUGGACGCCGGGUCGCUGGAUGCAGCGGUGCAGAGUGCUCUCCAGGCUCUCUACCCUCCCUUCGAAGCCACGGCCCCCACGGUCCUGGGCCAGGUGUUCCGGCUGCUGGAGACCAGCUACCGCGGCGAUGGGCUCUGCUGCCUGCUCCAGUUCCUCAUCCCAGCCAAGCGCCUCUUUGAGCACGUGCGGCAGGCAGCCUGUGCUCCUUACUUUAACUGCAUCUUUCUCCAUGAGGGCUGGCCCUUGUGUCUUCAUGAGAAAGUGGUUGUCCACCUCGCGCCGCUCAACCCGCUGCUGCUGCGCCCCGGCGACUUCUACCUGCAGGCGGAGCCCUGUGAGGAGCACUCUGCGCGGAUCACGGUGAAGCACCUCUCCUGCGACCUGCACACAGUGGAGGAGACGCCGGUGCCCGAGGCCGCCUACGCGCUGCUCUUCACCAACGAGUGGCUGGAGGAGAUCAACAGCGGCAGCGCCGGGGUGCCCCUGCGCUCCUGCCUGGUGGCCACCGAGAACGGCAUCGCCGCGCUGCCGUGGAGCAGCAUCGCCACGCCGGAGUUCAUCGACAAGCCCAGGGCUGGAGCUGACGGUGCGUCCACAGGCACCUGGCACGGCCCCGAGCCCCAGCCCCAGCCCGAGCCCGAGCCCGCAGCCGCCGGUGCAGCCGUGUCCCACGGCACAGCCCCGGUGCCCCGCAGCACCGUCACGGGCACCAUCCCGGGCUGCAAGGUCACCUCUCGGAAGUCGAACCAGGGGAGGUACCCCGGGCUGAUCAAGGUGGACCAGGCUGGCCCACGGAAGGAGCCAGCCAUGCUGGCCGUGCCCAGCCUCUACGAGAUCAUCAGCCAGAACCUGGAGGGGGAGUACGUGGAUCUGCUGGAGCUCUCGCAGGAGCAGCUGGACCUUCUGGCCAGGUCCCUGCCACCUGCCUGCCCAGCGGGGGCUGGGGCCAAGGCGACGCUGCCCUGGGCGAACGGGGGCUCUGGGGCAGACGCCUGGCCCUGUGUGGGGGAGUCGGGCUCGGAGGACAAUCCCUGCCCCCCGUGCCAGGGGAGGAAGCUGAGCCAGGACCUGGGGCCACACGGCCCGCGGUGCCACCACCGCGACUCCUACCUGGCCGCACUGCAGAACCCAGUCAGCUUUGGCCCUGGGCUGAUGGCAGCUAUCCUGGAGGAGCCAGACGGCCCCGGCCCCGAGCCACCCCCCACCACCGGCUGUGAGACCCCCGUGCAGCACGGGACGGGGGCUGGCAGCCCCACGCUCCCUGCCCGCCGCCCCCGCCGAGCGAGUCCCAGGCUGCAGGCAGAGGCGCUGGCACGGCAGGGCAGCCCCCGGCUCCCCACCGGCUCCAGCCACAAGUUCUCCUUCCUGAAGGGCUCACGGCUCGGGGCGGCCCCUGGGGAGGAAAAAGCCACGAGCCAGCACGAAGGGGCCUGGAAGAAGAUGUCUGCCAUCUACUCACCCAGGAUGGGCAGAGCCAAGCCAGCCGGGAAAGGUACGGAUGCAGCAGCCACUGCAGAGCAACGGUCCCUGGAGAGCACCGGCUGCCAGAGCAGUCCCUCAGCAGCCGGCUCUGGCAGCCCUGGCCGGGAGCCGCCGGCCUGGCGGGACCUGCACGCCGGGCUGCUGCGCUCAGGCAUCGUGUCGCUGCCAGGGAGCUUGGACAGACUGGGCAGGAGCCUCCUCGUGGUGACCACCAGCGGCAGUGCCUGGGGGGCCACGUGGUGCUCAGCCGCUGAGCUGGCGAGGCUCAUCCUCUGCCUCUGCUCCCUCCCCAGGCGAGACGCCAAGGACAGCGGGGUGACCGUCGUGGUGGAUGCCAGGAAGCAGCCGCCCGCUGCCGCCCUGUUCCCAGCCCUGCGCUCUGCCCAGAGCGUCUCGCCGGGCUGUGUGCACACUGUGCUGCUGCUGGCCGAGAAGGAGCUGGUCACCCACCGCGAGAAGCUGCCUGGGGUGCAGGUGGAGACCCUGGCAUCGCUGAAGGCUCUGGGCCGCUACGUCGACAGCUCCCAGCUGCCCCAGGAGCUGGAUGGCACCUUCCCCUACUGCCACGGCGAGUGGGUUCAAUUCUUCCAGAAGCUGCAUCCCUUCUCAGCCAGCCUCAGGCGGGCAUCAGAGCUGCUGCAGAGCUGCAUCCAGGAGCUGCGGAGCACCGAUGCGCUGGCAGGGACACAGGAUGCGGCCGCCUGCAUCGCGAGGCACCGGGAGCUGAUGCGGAGGGUGCUGAGCGACCCGCAGCUGGUGCAGGCGCAGCGGGAGGCAGGGGCCGUGCUGGCCCGGCUGCGCAGGGAGGCUGCACGGCUCCGCGCCUCGGCACACGUCAGGGCCAGCAUGGAGGAGGCUGAGGGGCUCUACAGCCAGCUGGAGGAAGAGCUUCACGACCUGGUGUCCCAGUCCAACAGCUGCCUGGAGCACCUGGAGUUCCUCCAAAAGAUCCGGGAGCUCGAGGCCGAGUUCAGCAAGCUGGGGGUCUGGCUGGACGGGGAGGCAGCAGCACGGCUGCAGGAGUUGGGUGCAGAGGAGCAGAGCCCCAGCAGCUUCCAGAGCUCUGCUGAGCAGUUUGAUGAGUUCCUGGUCCAGGCAACAGCUCAGUACCGGCACGGCCUGGCGCUGUGUCAGCAGGCGGCCCAGGUCCGAGACGCGGCUUUCCCCGAGGCUGAUCCCUUCCAGGCGGCCGCAGCCCUGUUCCAGACGAAGCUGAUGAGCUUCUCCAGGCAGGUGGAGCGGCGGCAGACGGAGCGGGAGCUGCUGCAGGAGCUCGGCCGCUUCUCCAGCAAGAUCGCGGGGCUGAAGCUGGACUGCAGGCAGCGCUCGGGCCGGGGCAGGCACGGGGAGGGACAGGCGCUGCAGUGCCUGCAGAGCUCCUUCCAGAAGCUGUCGGUGGAGUUGGCCCUGGAGAAGCUGCAGGAGCUGAAGGGUCAGGUGCGCAGGAUGCAGAGCAGCCGAGGGCUGGCAGCCUGGGCGGAGGCGCGGCACAGGUACCAGGACACGCGCCAGAUCCUGGAGGAGAUGCUGGCAGAGCUGCAGGAGGCCUGGGGAGCGCGAGCCGACGGGCAGGGAGAUGCCUUCAGCCCCCCUGGCUCGGGGUCCACAGCCCCUGGCAAGGAAGCCUCAGUCUGCAGAGCAGCCGCCAGCCCCGAGCCAGCCAAGCCGGGUGGCCGGGGGGCAGUGGAGCAGCCGGAGCCCAGUGCCGGGGGGCCAGGACAGCCGAGCUCCCCGCAGCCCCGCUGCUCUCAGGGGCCGGAGGGUGAACCUGCCUGGCACUGCCACGUCUCUGCCGACACCUCCCACCCACAAGCCGAGCCUGGAGCCUGCCCCAGAGCUGCAGGACAGCUCGCCCAGGAGCGCCAGCAGCCCCCUCAGAGGCAGCCCCUCACCCUGCCUCCCUGGGCACGUGUCCCAGGGGCUGACCCGCUGUGUCACGGGACUGUCUCAGCCCCCGGCAUGCAGGGGCUGUCUGCAGACAAGUGGGCAGAAGCCACCCAGUACUUCCAGGUUUCCAGCCAGAGCAGUUUCUCCUCUGAAGACUCAGACUCACAGAACUGCGCGGAAGAAGCCCCAGCAGCGAGCCUGCCUUUGCCCCGGGACCUCCAGAGUCCCAGACCACCUUGCUCCUCUGAAAAGCAUCCCCAGAUUGUUUACCUGGAGAACCACCACACCGAGAGUCCAGCUAAAGCAAAUGCCCAGUAAAACCAGACCCUUCCCAUUGGGGCUGUUUCUGUCCAGUUGUGGAAGUCCCAGUCACUCAGAGGUGGGACAGUGGCACCCACUGCCCAACCUGCCACCCCAGAAUCCUUCAGCUCUCCACACUUAGCACUCUCCCCGCUGUGUAAAGGCAGCAACCCCCUCACCAGCCUCACCAGGUUCAUUAAUAAUCUACUAGGUGUGUAGCAAUCCUCACCUGAAGUGCCUUUACCCCUCAAGAGCCGGGUUUGCUGGGGACAGCGCUGAGGGUUCCCUGCAGCCACGCUCAGGGUGUCUCAUGGGAGCACAACCCCGUGCUGAGGCGUUUCUGGCGGCGGGUCCUGCCCUGGCCCCGCUCUGCCGGGCACUCGCACCGUCCCUGUGCCGCUGCUGCAGCUCCAGCCAAGCAACGACGUCCGUGUGCGCUCGUUAACGUGGGACUAACGUGAUUCAUGUUAAUAAACCUGAAGCGAAGUGCCUGGCACGGUCCUCGUGGAGCAGAAACAAAAGUCAUGUCAUGCCCAGAGCCUGGGGCCAGCUCCUCGCCCAGGCUCCCCUCCAGCUGCCCCAGCCCCGUGCCAAGGGGCAGCCGGUGCUGCCACACCAGGCUCCCGCGUCCCCUGCGCGGGCUGCAGCACAGCCCGGCUCUCCUGCCCCCUGGCAGUCCUGCUCAAACU